CUCACAAAUCACACAAGCCAAUUAAGCUCUCAUUUCAUUCUCCCACUACCACUGUCAUUCUACUCUUGUGUCUUACUAGCUCAUCAUCAUCAAUUCAUCAUGGCUGUUCUUACUUUCACCGACGAGACCACCUCUACCGUAGCUCCAGCUAAGCUUUUCAAAGCUUUGGUUCUAGAUGUUGAUACCAUCGUCCCAAAGGUUAUUCCUGUUUUCAAGAGUGUUGAAAUUGUUGAAGGAAAUGGAAUUGCCGUCGGAACCGUAAAAAAAAUCACUAUCAAUGAAGGUGGAGAAGACAAGUAUGUGUUGCACAAAAUCGAUGCAAUUGAUGAGGCCAAUUUUGUAUACAACUACAGCGUCAUUGGAGGUGAUGGGUUACCAGACGCCGCGGAGAAGAUUUCAUUUGAGUCCAAAUUGAUUGCAGGGUCUGAUGGAGGUUCCAUUGCAAAGCUCACCAUCCACUUCCACCUCAAAGGUGAUGCUAAACCCACUGAAGCAGAGCUCAAGGAAGGCAAGGAAAAGGGUGAUGGUCUUUUCAAGGCAGUUGAGGGUUACGUCUUGGCCAAUCCCGAUUACUAAGCAAGCAUAUUUUCCAAGUGUUAAUUUGCUUAUAUAUGGUGUGAUUCAUCCAUGGCAUAUUAAGUGUGGUGUGCUUAAUUUGGCUAGAAUUGUUAUUCUCCUUCUUUUCUUUGCUUUUAUUGCGGAGUUGUGAGAUGUAAUACCAUGAGUGAUGUACUUCCCUUUAUCAAUAAAUAAUGAUACCAUAAUUACAAGAAAAAACUCUGUAUUAUCAAAGUAUUCCAGUAUAAUUAAGCUUGUAUUAUUUCA